AUGUCGAAGCACGACGACCCCCCGGCCUACGGCAACCCUCAACCUCCCCAGGCGGCUUACGGAGGCUACCAAGACCCGAAUGCCGCGAACAGCUACUACCAAUCGGCCCCUCCCAUGGGCUACCCUCAGCAACAGGGCUACGGUCAGCAGGGUUACUACCAGCAACAGCCGGGCCCUUACGGCUAUGGCCAAGAUCCUUAUGCCCAAGGCGGAUACCCCCCUCAAGGCGGAUAUCCCCCGGGUCCUUACCAGCAGUACCCCCCACAAGGAGUACAAGAUGCAUCCGGACCCGUCCUCGAGUUCUGCCACCCGAAUCAUAUACAACUACUCCACGAGCCCAAAGGGACCUUUGCAUCACGAGAAGAGAGUCACCAACAACUCCUGCGGCUGACGGAGUGCUUCAUGACGAGGAAGACGGAGAAUGGCAACGGCUACUGCAUGCGAACGGCGUUAUGGGAGGGAGGCAAUACUAGGUGUUUCUAG